AUGAUCACCAGCAACUCUCCGGAGAACUCUCCUCAACAAGAGGUGCCACCAACAUUGUACCAAAACAUCGAUGAGAAAGAGCUAGUGGCCAAGUCUAAGAAACACCUCAUUGAGUAUGGCAUCAAGUUCGAACCCGACAUCAUCACCGGCUCUCAGGGCUUAUACAUCUACACGGCGUCGGGCCGCAAGGUGUUGGACUGGACCUCGGGACAAAUGUCUUGCCUCCUCGGCCAUGGGCAUCCCGAGAUUGUCAAAGUCAUUACCGAACACGCAAGCCAGCUUGACCACCUCUUCUCUGGCAUGAUAUCUCCUCCAGUAGUCUCCCUUGCGGAUCGACUUUGCAGCGCUCUUCCAGCCUGA